AUGAAGGAUGUAGAUGUAAAGAAAUAUCGUCAUCAAUUUUUACGGCUCAGUGAAGACGGCAUAGCGCCACACGUACGCUACCUUUCGUUUGAUCCCUACGUGCGAUCCUACUUCCCUCCAGCAAUUCAAACUUCGCGAAGAACUGUGCUUAUCAAGAAACUGUUCUCGAACCUCCUGAAUAGAGACGAUGUUGAUAUCAUUCAUGCCAUUGAUAGAUUCAUCAAUCUCCGGCAUAUUGAAAUCCAAUAUCAAUCUGUUCGGCCAAUACCACUUACAAAAUGUGGACCCCUUAUCCGUGCGAGUCUUUUGUCGCAUUCCACUCGCCUACAAACACUUAAAUUUUCCUUUCCAUUCGAAUCUUUGAUGACCUUCAUACCAUCGGAUCUGUACCUUCCUCUUCUAACAUCAUUUUCAGUCACCUUAUUUACGCUAACAGGCAACUUAUCGGAUGUAAACGAACAUUUCGCAUACACCGCCACCAAAGUAUUGGUGCCCUUCAUCAAUCGACACCGUUUAUCACUAAGUAUAUUGGAGCUAACCCUGGCGCCGCUGCCGCCAACAUGGGAUAUGUAUUCAUUGAGCUUGGAUACAACAUUUAACCUCUUCCCACUCCUUAUAUCUCUCGACCACAUCCCUAACCUUCGGUAUUUGACGAUAGCCCUUUCGUCUUUUACAUCAAUCGACUCUACUUAUCACUUUUUGGAGAUGCAUUCCUCUACUUUGAGACGGCUGAAGAUCGAUAUGACACAUAUGGAGCUCACUACAACGCAUGGAGUUCUGGAUCAAUUUAAAGUCCCGUUACCGCUGCUCGAAGAAAUUGUAGUCCAAUACUACUAUGAUACGAAGUCCUUGACAACCUCCCCGUACCAAGAACCAACCUUGGGCUUUAUUCGACAACAUUCCUCGACAUUAACCUCCUUGAAAUUGUUAAACAGCUUCCACACUGAAGCGCAUUUUCACGCGGUCGUAGAUCCCAAGGUUUCAUAUCAUAGCCUUCGGCUUUUAAAGAUGACGCUAGAUGUUCUGACUCCCGGGAUGCUUUCCAUCUUGUCAUCACGCCUUGAGAACCUUUAUGAGCUCGACUUGCUGGUACGUCGGCUCAAAAGACGGCAUACAAGCCCGGAAGAGAUUAACGAAGAAUACGAGUUCUGCUCCGACAUUCGUCAUCACAUCUAUCAGCAUUGGAAACUCAGGCAUCUAAAAUUGGAGGUAAAGAGUGGCGGUCGCCGUACACGAACAAGGUACGGGAAUGGGAUAGUCGCUGUUGCGGCAAGAAUGCCUUUCCUGGAAACAUUCAACGAUAUGCCGUUGGCAGAAUAUAUGCGCGGAGCCAGACAGGCUGUGGAUUUGAUAUUAGACAUGGCGGUUGAUUGUCAACCUGCAUAG